AUGCAUGUGUUGGUGACUGGAGGCGCCGGAUAUAUAGGUUCUUCAUUAGUGCCGCUUCUUCUGGAGGAGGGAUACAAAGUCACAGUUUUCGAUCGCUUCGAUUUCGGCAUUACACCGCUUCUGCCAUUCAUUUCAAACCCAAAUCUAAAUCUUAUUAAAAGUGAUAUCAGAAUCAAGAGUGAAAUCUCUUCCGUGGUUAAUACCGUCGAUGCUGUCAUUCAUUUGGCAGCGAUUGUCGGAUACCCGGCCUGUGAGAAGAAUCCGGAACUGGCGGUCAAAGUGAACGAAACUGGGACUCAAAAUCUCGUGGAAGCGCUUCGACCGCAUCAGAGGAUAGUGUUUGCGUCGACCGGUUCUUGUUAUGGCGCUAUCGAUGGCAUCUGUACUGAAGAGACACCGAUAUCUCCGCUCACACUCUAUGGUAAAACUAAAGCCAAAGCCGAGACACUGGUCUUAAACAGCAAUGGAGUUGUGCUAAGACUGGCCACACUGUUCGGUGUGUCCUCACGAAUGCGUUUGGAUCUACUUAUCAAUGACUUGACUCACAGCGCGCUCAUCCAUAAGAAGAUAAUACUUUUUGAGCCACACUUUAAGCGAACUUUUCUUCACGUCAGAGACGCCGCCAAAGCCUUCCUCUUUAGUCUUCAAAACUACGAUCAAAUGCAAGGAAAUGUCUUUAAUGUCGGCGACGAGACCAUGAAUAUGAGUAAAGCCGAGGCGGCCCUUACUAUCGCAGACUUCGUUCCCGAGUGUGUCAUCCAAUUGUCGGAAACGGGUGAAGACAAAGACAAACGCGAUUAUGUGGUCUCCUAUGAGAAGAUCGCCAAACAUGGCUUCAAAUCACAGCUUUCUCUGAGACAAGGCAUCCAAGAACUCGUCAAAACAUUGCCUCAAAUAUUAAACGCCGAAGAAGUGAUGACACAAACGACCGACACUUCAGCCCAAUCGCCGAAAAGCCCGAAAUCACCGGAAAGUGAGAAAAGCAAACGAUAUGACCGACAAUUGCGUCUUUGGGGUGAUUGCGGACAAACGGCUUUGGAGUCAUCGCAUGUGUGUCUCAUUAACGCCACUUCAUUGGGCACAGAGAUCCUCAAGAGUUUAGUACUUCCCGGCAUUCGUGCGCUCACUAUCAUCGACAACAAAGUGGUCACUGAGGAGGACAUCGGAAACAACUUCUUCCUAUUGAGCGAAGACUCUGUCGGCAAAAAUAGGGCCAAAAUAGCGGCACAACUGUUGUCUGAAUUGAACGAUGACCUCAAGAAAGCCGAUCAUUUGGAUGAGUCGUUGGAAUCAAUACUUGAAUCCAAUCCCAACUUCUUCUCCAACUUCUCUGUUGUGAUCGCAACGGAUGUUAAUAACGAUAAGUCAUUGAACCGAUUGAGUCAAGUCUUGUGGCAAAACAAUGUUCCUCUCAUUGUCUGCAAAUCGAUUGGUUUUGUCGGUUAUAUUCGGCUUCAGAUCAAAGAGCAGACGAUCAUUGAAUCACAUCCGGAGAAUGUCUUCGAAGACUUAAGACUCGACGAACCGUUUGAUGAGUUGAAGCUAUACUUAGACUCCUAUGAGAAGUUUGAGGACAUGUCUCGCAAAGAGUUAUCUCACACACCAUUUCUGGUCAUUCUUCACAAAUAUCUCCUCAAAUGGAGGCAACACUUGAAUCGCAGCGCAAAAGAAUUGCCCAAAACUUUUAAGGAGAAGAACGAACUGAAGAAAUUGAUUCGCGAAGACAUGGAUGCGCUGAGAGAGCAUCUGAAGAGUAAGUCAGAUGAGGAGGAAUCCAAAGAACUCGAUCUCGAGAACUUCGAAGAGGCCAUGAAAGCCGUGAACACCGUAUUAAUCGCUUCCGAUUACAUUCCGUCCGAAAUUCAGUCACUUCUGAACGACUCGAGAGUGACGUCCAGUGAAUCCAAUGACACGUCGUUCUGGCUGUUAGUCAAAGCACUCAAACAAUUUGUCGAUCAAAAUUUUACAGACGGAGACUCCCCUUGCGAGCUUUCGGCGGCUUCUGCGGCUUUCACAAAUGUUAUAGAAUGUCUCACUCCCUCGGGCACACACUCUGACGGUAUAGACACCGAACUCAGUGGCCAUCGAUUGAAACAAAUCGCGAAUACUAUCGGAAUCGCUGACGACGACACCGAAGACGACGAACUCCGGUAUUAUCUGCUCAUGAGAUUAGUCGACAAAUUCUACUCAUUUCACAACCGAUUCCCCGGUGAACGCAAUGAUGAGGUCGAGAGCGACGUCUCUGUGCUUAAGACGUAUCUCAAAGAGAUUUCUAGUGAUUUUGGAUCUAAUUCUGUAGUGAAGGACGACUUGAUCCAUGAAAUGAUCAGUUCAUGGGGUGAUUGGUUGCGAUCAAAGAGUGGCCGCAAACUUGUGGCCGAAUGUCGAGCUAUUGGGCGAACUCUGGCCAACGCCAGGCUAUCGGUGCCCAUCACUAAGACAUGGUUUGCAGAUCCGAUGCUACUGUCCAAUGAUAACCACAACAAGAGUUCAAACAACAAACCAAACGGUAAUAAAAAGUCGGAAACGAAUCGCAAUUACGAUAACGAAGACCAGGAGGAAGACAACGAUGAGCCCAAGUCCUCACUCAUCGCCAAAGCUGUCGUUUGGAUGUUAUCCGGAUAUAUGGUGAUCACGAUUAUGUCACUCCUGUUCCCCAACUCAAACACUCCGGAUGUGUUGAGAUAUGUCUCAUGGAAUGAGUUUCUGCACCAAAUGCUGGCCAAAGGAGAGGUGGAACAGCUGUUAGUGCGCCCGGAGCUCGAUUUGGUGACCAUUUAUCUACACGACGGCGCUAUCAUUAAAGGCAAUCGCGCCGACCAUAAGACAUAUCACAUGAAUAUAGUAAACGUGGCGUCGUUUGAGAAGCGUCUUCGGGAUGCCGAGAGAUACCUAUCCAUCAAACCAGACAAAGCGCGUCUUCGGGAUGCCGAGAGAUACCUAUCCAUCAAACCAGACAAAGCGGUUCCCGUUGUGUACGAACGCAAUCAGGAGAGCACUUGGCUUUUGUUGGUCUCAUUGGUGGCCGUCUCGCUUAUGAUACUAAUUAUGUUCAGAUCCGGACAAAUCAAAACUCCCGUUAAUGUGGACUUCUUCUCGCAAAUGGGUCGCGCGAAGUACACAAUGGUUGACCCGUUGACGGGCGGAGGGAAAGGCGUGCGAUUCAAAGACGUGGCCGGACUUAAGGAGGCGAAAGUGGAAAUCAUGGAGUUUGUUGACUAUCUUAAGGCUCCGGAAAGGUUUCGGGCAUUAGGAGCUAAGGUUCCUCGAGGGGUACUACUGCUGGGACCGCCCGGUUGUGGCAAAACAAUGUUAGCUAAAGCAGUGGCCACAGAGGCGAGUGUGCCUUUCCUAGCGAUGGCCGGAUCCGAGUUUAUUGAGAUGAUUGGGGGGUUAGGGGCGGCGCGAGUCCGGGAUCUGUUCAAAGAAGCCCGUAAGCGGUCGCCAUGUAUUGUAUACAUCGAUGAGAUCGACGCCAUCGGCAGGAAGAGGAGCACCGCUAGUAUUCAAGGCGUAAGCGGUGAAGAGGAACAGACAUUAAACCAGUUGUUGGUUGAAAUGGACGGAAUGGGACAGAGAGAGGGUGUCAUUAUGUUGGCCUCGACUAAUAGGGCAGACAUUUUAGAUAAGGCUUUGUUAAGGCCGGGAAGGAAAGACAUUUUUCGUCAGCACUUGAAAGCCAUUAAAUUAGAGCUCAAUCCAAAUGAAUACGCCUUACGUUUGGCUCAAUUGACUCCCGGCUUCACCGGCGCUGACAUCGCAAAUGUCGUGAACGAGGCGGCACUACAUGCGGCCCGAGAGGCCAAACAGAUAGUCAAAGCCGAGGAUCUGGAGUAUGCGGUGGAAAGGGUUGUCGGCGGCACUGAAAAGCGCAGUCAAGUGAUGAGCACUCAGGAGAAGAAGUUGAUUGCGUUUCAUGAAUGCGGUCACGCGUUGGUCGGGUGGCUCUUACCACAUACCGACGCUCUCCUCAAAGUAUCGAUAGUCCCGCGAACUAAUAACGUGUUGGGAUUCUCACGAGUCCUGCCCUCAGACCAGAAGCUCUACACAACGGAACAGCUGUUCGAUCGGAUGUGUAUGGCUUUGGGCGGAAGAGUCGCCGAAUCGUUGGUCUUCAAUAGAGUCACUUCUGGCGCACAAAACGAUUUGGAAAGAGUGACAAAAAUGGCGUAUUCUAUGAUUCAAAGCUAUGGCAUGGAUUCCGUCGUCGGUCCCAUCAGUUACCCGACCACUGAUGAGAUGAAGAAUGAGUCGGGAGUUGUGAGCAGAAAGCCGUUCAGCAAACAGUUGGCCAAUACUAUAGACUUGAGGGCCCGACAGCUUGUGGCCAAUGCUUACAAAGAAACAGAACUUCUUUUGACUAAUAAUUCAGAAAAACUUAAUUUAUUGGCCGAAACUCUCCUUCACAGAGAAGUAUUGAAUUAUUCAGACAUCGUAUCACUUAUAGGUCCGCCGCCUUAUGGAGACAAAAAACUGGUGGAGUUCUUGGAUUUAGGACCCAUUGUGGAGACUAAGAGCACAUCCAAUGGAGACACUAAUAAAAAUGAUAAAGAAUCAAAUAAUUCUGAAAAUAAUUUUAAUAAAUAA